AUGACUGGUUCGUCACGGGUAUUUCUGCUGGUCUAUGUGGACGACAUCAUUAUGAUGGGGAAUGACGCCUCUUUGAUUGACACACUGCUGCAACGUCUAUCCACAACAUUCAAGAUCUGUGACCUUGGCACUCCGGGGUUCUUUUUGGGCAUUGAAACGAUCCGAGACAAAGAUGGGCUCAUCCUAUCUCAGCGCCGGUAUAUGAACGACCUCCUAAACCGGGCCGGGAUGACAGAUUACAAACCUCUGGCUACACCAGCUGUUGUCACACAAGCCGUCACACCCUCGGAUCAACUGUAUGAGAAUCCACGCAGUACAGACGUCUGGCUGGAGCCUUACACGAUUCACGCCUUCUCAGAUUCUGAUUGGGCCGGGUGCCUGGUGGACCGUAAGAGCACAAGCGGGUAUGCCGUCUUUUUGGGCUCUAACCUCAUGUCGUGGCUAUCCAGGAAACAGCGCACCGUGGCCCGCUCUUCGACUAAGGUUGAAUAUAAGGCAUUAGCUGAUGUCUCCGCAGACGUCACAUGA